AAUUCUCUGCGUUGUGCUAACUAUACUAUUUAAUCUCACCGAAAAGCAUUGUGUUUAUUCUGUACAGAUUCUGGCGGAAGCUCAUCCUCCCAAUAGUUUUUUUUGCCUCUGCGCGCUGGGUGUGUUUAGGUGAUGCUACGUCAUCAGAGGAAGUCUUGCAUGUGUGUGAGCUUGAGGUCGUUGUGCUAACGCCAGUGCAAUAGAUCCAUGCCUACUGGAAGCGGAACAAUAAAAAAAAACAGCUAUACACCAGUGCUCACCCCAGGCUACCGCAAGGAGACAGCGCACACGAACAGUAGAAUGGCCGCAUCUUCCAACAGAAUUAUGCUGGGGCCUCUUGUUGCUGCCAUCGACCAGGGAACAAGCUCUACGCGGUUCUUGGUGUUCAAUGCCAAAACAGCUGAGCUUCUCAGCCACCACCAGGUAGAAAUCAAACAGAGUUUCCCAAAGGAAGGGUGGGUGGAGGAGGAUCCGAAAGAGAUACUGCAAUCUGUGUAUGAGUGCAUGGAUAGAACCUGUGAGAAACUCACCCAGCUCAACAUUGACAUCUCCAAUAUUAAAGCUAUAGGAGUGACCAAUCAGAGAGAGACCACGCUGGUUUGGGACAAAGAGACGGGCGAGCCCCUCUACAAUGCUAUCGUGUGGCUGGAUCUGCGGACGCAAUCGACAGUGGAGCGACUGAUCAGCAAGACGCCUGGGAGGAACAAGAACCAUCUGAAGCACAAGACGGGUCUUCCCAUCAGCACAUACUUCAGUGCUGUGAAGCUGCGCUGGCUGCUGGACAACGUGGACGAGGUGGCCGAGGCUGUCGUGACACACCGGGCCAUGUUCGGCACGGUCGACUCCUGGCUCAUCUGGUGUCUGACAGGGGGGAAGAGUGGGGGAGUCCACUGCACAGAUGUGACCAACGCCAGCAGGACCAUGCUCUUCAACAUUCACACCCUGGACUGGGACCCGGAGCUCUGCAAAUAUUUUGACAUUCCCAUGGAGAUUCUCCCGAAAGUCAGGAGUUCCUCUGAAAUCUACGGCUUAAUGAAAAUAUGUUCUAGCCUGACGUCAGGCUCUCUUACUGGGAUACCCAUCUCAGGGUGUCUUGGAGACCAAUCUGCUGCACUUGUGGGACAGAUGUGCUUUCAAGAUGGGCAGGCCAAAAACACAUAUGGAACUGGUUGCUUUCUGCUUAGAAACACUGGAGCCAAGCCGGUCAUGUCAGACCAUGGUCUACUAACCACGGUGGCUUACAAACUGGGUCGAGACAAACCUGCCUGCUACGCACUAGAGGGCUCUGUGGCCAUUGCGGGAGCUGUGGUUCGUUGGCUGAAGGACAACCUGGGAAUCAUUCAGACUUCUACAGAGCUGGAGAAGCUGGCGGCGUCAGUGGGCACAUCCUACGGUUGUUACUUUGUCCCGGCAUUCUCUGGCUUGUACGCCCCCUACUGGGAACCCAGUGCACGCGGGAUAAUCUGCGGCCUGACCCAGUUCACUAACAGGAGUCACCUGGCCUUCGCUGCGUUGGAGGCGGUCUGUUUCCAGACUCGAGAGAUCCUGGACGCCAUGAACCAGGACAGUGGCAUCCCUCUGACCCAGCUGCAGGUGGAUGGGGGUAUGACCUCCAACAGGCUGCUGAUGCAGCUGCAGGCCGAUAUCCUCUGCAUCCCAGUGGUGAAGCCCUCCAUGCCUGAGACCACCGCCCUGGGGGCGGCCAUGGCCGCGGGGGCGGCAGAGGGGGUCAGCGUCUGGAGCCUCCGACCGGAGGACCUUAGCGAGGUCACCUCCGAGAAGUUCGAGCCGCAAAUCAACCCUGAAGGUAAGGGGACGUAUGAGAGCGAGUUUCGAUACGCUCGCUGGAAGAAAGCGGUUCAGAGAGCCAUGAACUGGGAAACCACCGAACCCGUCAGUAUUGGAAAUGGUGAAACUAGUAUCUUCAGCAGUCUUCCACUGGGGUUUUAUGUUGUGGGUAGCAUGUGUAUGUUAAUCGGAGCAAAAUACAUAUCAGGACACAAGUAGACAGUUGUAGCAGAAGAGGAGAAGAAGGGCUGGUCCAGGACGGCACGUGUCCUUCAGUAGUAGGUUCAGUCGCAAUGCUUUCUCUGGAACUUUGCCGAUAGAAAAGAAUAGAACGGAGGUGGUUACAAAUUCUACAUGUCGGGUUUGGGAUUUUUGGUCUUCAGUGCAGAUUUCUAACUGGAUGUUGCAGAACGUUAAAACGGUACUGAACGCGAGUUUCCUUGCCCGGGACCCUCAAGUUGUCAUGUCAACGCUCCAAUUCAUGUCUUGUUGAUCUGUCACCGGGAAACCAAACUGUUGACCUGGAUCUGUGGGAGGAGCCGAGCUGCACUUUAGUGUGGAAGGAACCCAGUGUGAAUGAAUCAGAUCCAUUGAUGUCCUAGAGGUCCUACCUGGGUCGGGUCUUCCUGUGUAACUGUGAAUGAAUGGGGCUUACUGGUCUACAAUGCUGUAGUAUCCAAUCCUAGCAUUCAGACUGUACUUGCACUCAUGUUGCCUAACAUUAAGGUCCUGUUAGUACACCGCAUCUAAUCCAAAAAGACAAUCAGUCUUGUCAUUGCCUGACCCUUCUUCCAGUAUCAUUCUCACAUCUCCCUCACCUCACGGUUGUGCUUAAACAAGAGCUUUCAAAAUCUGGUUGGAAAUGUGGCCUAAUUGAAGCAAGGGUCCUCGCACUGAAACGCAAUGGGGAUUUUAGAGCACUUUAUAGAUUUGGUCCUGUGUUUGUGAAUGGAGUAAGAAGCUUUCUACAACCCUACUCUUUGGUUAAACAAUGCACACUGUUUAGUUUGUUGGAGAGCAGAAAUGGAGAUAUACCUCUUGCAGGGUUUGUAGGAAUUGUUUCAUGUCUCUCUGUAAACAUGGUGUAAAACGUUAUUACUGCAAGUUGCCUUGUAUGUGAAUAGACUUUAGUUAAUGAUUAAGUUGUCCCUGAGCACCAUUAAGUCAGGCAUUAUCCCAGUAGGUACACUAUUCCCCAUGUAGAGCACUAGAUCUGUCCUGGGGCCACUGGGUUCUAUGCAGAGCACUAGAUCUGUCCUGGGGCCACUGGGUUCUAUGCAGAGCACUAGAUCUGUCCUGGGUCCACUGGGUUCUAUGCAGAGCACUAGAUCUGUCCUGGGGCCACUGGGUUCUAUGCACAGCACUAGAUCUGACAUGGGAUCUUUUGGCCAGGGGGCAGUUGGGUUGUGGCUUGAGUAAAGGGAACUAGUGUUAAUCCACAUGAUUUAUGUACCAAAAAUAAGUGACCGCCCCCAUGACAACUAUGAAAUACUGGUGUCAGUUCGGACAAUAGAUGCCUUUGAAAGCUUUGUCCCGGUUAAGUAAUUUUUUUAUCAUACACACAGUGAGUGAAACUGUAAGGAAAGGUUCAGGGUUGGAAAUGACCAGGCAAUUAAGGCAGCUGAAGUCUUGCACCUCCUUAGAGACGGACCAGUCUGACUACUGUCUUUCAAGGCUUCCUUUUAGUAUGAAAGCAAAUACUUGAAAUUCUUAUUUAAUAUGGAAGUAAACUAGAGGCUAGUAUUGUUUACAGGAAAGUGUUCUGAAAAUAUUUUUAGAUAUUUCUCGUUACUAUUGGCAUUAUGUAUGAUUGUUUUAGCGGAACCAUGUACAGUGGAGAUGUAUAUUUUCAUGUGGUGUAUUUAUGAGAUUGACGACCAGUUGUACAGGUGUCUGCCUUUAAUGAUCUAUAUAUUAGAGCAAGGAAAAUUACAUGCGUUUUGAACGUAUAAAGCAGAUUUAUUUUUUAAUCAACAUAAAGAGCACUCGGGCAAUUUCAUUUUAUAAAUCUACAAUGGAUUGUUCUUUGUUUCAACCCACAUUUUCGUAUCCGAAGCAAAAUACGAUGGCCUCACAAUUACAGCGUGGAGUUCCAUUUUGUGUAGAGACGCCGUCAUCAAAAGCCAACCUAACCCACUCUACCAUGUGAUGCUCCAUUUUGUUUUCUGCUGAUGCCAUGUAGCUCCUGUGCUGUAAUGACAUUCCUCCAUGUCAGUGGCUUGUCUUGAAAGAUCACAGGACACUACACGUCUAAAUAAAAUGUACUGUAUAAAAACAUUUACAAACUA